CUUCCUUUUUCACUGUGGCCGCUAAACCGUGAGCAGUGUGGUUCCCGGCGAGCCGAAAAAUAAUUACCGAAAAUGGCCUGUGCCCGACCGCUGAUCUCGGUUUACACCGAGAAAGGAGAAGCUGCUGGCAAGAAUGUCGUCUUGCCUGCAGUGUUCAAGGCUCCAAUUCGCCCUGAUGUUGUGAAUUUUGUGCACACCAACAUGCGCAAGAACAGUCGCCAGCCUUAUGCAGUCAGUGAACUGGCAGGCCACCAGACCAGUGCAGAGUCUUGGGGUACAGGAAGAGCUGUCGCCCGUAUCCCCCGUGUGAGAGGUGGUGGUACUCACCGCUCUGGCCAGGGUGCUUUUGGAAAUGUAUCCUUGUGACCAAAAUUUCAGCUU